GUCAAUGCAUUCUGUCGUCACGUAAAACCACCCAAUCGCUACGCGACCUGAACGGAAGUGGCAUAUUUGAAAACCAACAGUUGAAGCCGAACCUUUUUACUUCUCAAAGAAACGACGUUCAUAACAACGUCAGAAUGAUGGAGGAAGAGGAGAACACAGACAGGAAGAAGCAGUAUGCCAUGGUACUUAAAAUGCUCAACAAAAUUAAAAAGUCUCUAACUGAAGAUGUCACUGACAAUGUCAACCAGGUCAUCGAAUCAAACUCACCUGAAUUAUGCCUCUCAUAUUUGACGGAUCUUGAGAAAAAAGGGGACCCUCGUCUUGACUCUAACCACCUUACUAGGCUCAUUGACAGUUAUAUCAAAGUAUUCUCAAAUAUGCCACUGGGAGAACACAGUGAAAAUGAGAGCUAUGCCAUGAUGUUGGUCAGAUUUGCAGAGCUGAAAGUAAUUCAAGAUGUCAGCGAAGCUGAAGCCAAUUUCAGCUUGGCGAGAUCUCACUGCCAGAACUUUGCAUUUGUGCACAUUGCACAUGCAAAGUUUGUAGAAUCUCAAGGAGACACAAAGAGAGGCAUUGCCAUAUUACAGAAUGCUAUUGAACUGGGUGCCAAGCCAAAGGAACUGCUGGAGGGUGCCUUACAGACCAUGCAGGCAGCUAAAACACAGCUCAUCUGUUCUCAGGAUAAGGAAAAUGUACCAUGUUUGGCCAACAAUAAUGUGAAUGAUUCUUUAAAAAAGCACUCAGAAUUACAAAAACUCAGCCGAAUGUCAGAUAUUAUUGGUUCAGGUGGUUCAUCAGAUGACCUACCAUGCUGGAGAAGUGGAUCACAGCAGAAGAGAACUUUUGGAAUGCCAGUCAGAAUUCCCAUAGCACCUUUCUCUAUCUCAGAAAAAAAUAAUGAUGAUGGGGACAUUCAUGGGAAGCCCUCUAACACGAGUGACUCAUUAGUCCCCACCAAUCGGUUCAGGCAAACAUCAGGUUCAAAUUUGAACCCAACCUUUGGUGUGUCAUCUUCAAAGAAAAGUGCUAAAUCACCAGACUUGGCACAUUUUCAACCAGAAUUGGUCAGUCCAGGACAAUUUCCCCGGGAAGAUCAAGCCAGCUUGGCCAACAAUGAUGUGAAUGAUUCUUUGAAAAAGCACUUAGAAUUCCAGAAACUUAGCCAAAUGUCAGAUGGAACAGGCGAUGUGUGGCUCUCUAGUGUUGUUGGUUCAGGGACUGAGUUGCUCAGUGGACCAUCAGAUGACCUACCAUGCUGGAGAAGUGUAUCGCAGCACAAGAGAACAUUUGGAAUGCCAGUCAGAAUUCCCAUAGCACCCUUCUCUAUCCCCGAAAAAAAUAAUGAUGAUGGGGACAUUCAUGGGAAGCCCUCUAGGACGAGUGACUCAUUAGUCCCCACCAAUCAAUCCAGGCAACCAUCUGGUUCAAAUUUGAACCCAACAUUCGGUGUGUCGUCUUCAAAGAAAAGUGCUAAAUCAACAGACUUGGCACAUUUUCAACCAGAAUCGGUCAGUCCAGGACAAUUUCCCUGGGAAGAUCAAGCAGCUGUAGACUCCACCACCACACUCCUUCAUACACGGAACACUUCAGAAAUAGAAGAUGUGACUUACACUUUUGACCAGAUCAUCAAAUCAAAUUCACCAGAGUUAUGCUGGACAUACCUGACGAACCUUGAGGAAAGAGGCAACCCUCAGAUUAUGAACAAAAUCAAGGAUUAUUGCUCUAAGGUCUUCUCCAGGCUGCCGAUGAGCCAAUACAGCAAAAACAGCAGCUAUGCUAAAAUACUUGUCAGAUAUGCAGAACUCAAGGGCAUUGAAGAUCCUGAUGAAGCCCGGGACCACUUCAUAGUUGCAACUUCUAACUGCAAAUCCUUUGCUUUUGUCCACAUUGCAUAUGCCUCAUUUGAGGCCUCCCAAGGCAACAUGAUCAAAGCAUCCUCCAUUUUGCACAAAGCCCAGUCAUCAAAUGCGAAGCCUGCUGAGUUGCUGGAGUUGGCCAUGCGUAACCUUAAAGCUGGAAAGAAGCAGCUUGUGCACUCCACCACAGAGGAGGGACAUCUUACAGAUUCCCAGACAGUUGUUGCAGCAAACGCUUCUAAUGGAAACCAGGAGCUUCAACUUCCUCUUCGGAUCCCUGUAAAACGCUCAGUGGAACAACUUAAACCUGCAAACAAGGAGUCUUUACCAGAGUGGAAGAAGCCAACUAUCCUCAACCGCUAUGUGUCUCCACAGGAUAAACGGACAACUCCACCUGAACCCAAAUUGGUUCCCCCUGUGGUGGACUCACUUCCAACAUCAUCUCUGCAUCAUCCCUCCAGAAUGAACUCCCAAACCAUCUGCCAAACACCUAACAACAGCUGCAGAAACCCCAGUGCUAACACCUUCAUUACACCUGUUGUAAGAAGAGCUCCUGAAGUUUUAAACUCAGCCCCAGACCCACACAGAGCUGGACCUGUUCAGCAGCCAUGCACGCCUCUAAACCAAACAAAUUGCCAAACCCCACAGGCUUCUCUUUCUGCGUUGUCGAAUGAAACCAUUACCAUUAAGGGCAAACAGUUCUUCAUCCUCAAGCUGAUUGGACGUGGUGGAUCAAGCAAGGUUUACCAGGUCCUGGAUCACAAAAAGCAGCUGUUUGCUGUCAAAUAUGUAGACCUUGAAGAGGCUGACGCUCAGACCAUAGAAAGCUACAAAAACGAGAUUGAGCAUCUAAACCACUUGCAGCAGUACAGCGAUCAAAUUAUAAAGCUCUAUGAAUAUGAGAUAACCAACAGCUACAUCUACAUGCUGAUGGAGUGCGGAAACUUGGACCUGAACACCUGGUUGCGAAACCGCAAGACUGUGAAUGCACUAGAAAGGAAGUUCUACUGGAAGAACAUGCUGGAAGCUGUCCACACCAUCCAUAAACACGGAAUUGUGCACAGUGACCUGAAACCAGCUAACUUUGUUAUCGUGAACGCUUCCCUCAAACUGAUUGAUUUUGGCAUCGCAAACAGAAUCCAACCAGAUGUAACGAGCAUCAUGAAGGAUUCACAAGUAGGAACUUUGAAUUAUAUGCCCCCUGAAGCCAUCAAAGACACGUCAUCCCAGCCAGGAAAAGCUAACUCAAAGAUCAGUCCCAAAGGUGAUGUGUGGUCGCUUGGGUGUAUUUUGUACUGUAUGACCUAUGGGAAGACCCCAUUUCAGAGCAUUACUCAUCAGAUUACCAAGCUGCACGCCAUCAUCGAUCCCUCUCAUAAGAUUGAGUUUCCUGACAUUUCGGAGAAGGAUUUGCUGGAUGUGUUGAAAAGGUGCUUGGUACGAAACCCCAGAGAGCGAAUCUCUAUUGCAGAGCUUCUAGAGCAUCCAUACCUGCAGCUGAAGCCACAAGCGUCACCUGAACCAGAACGUCCAUCUAAUCGUGAUCUCCAGAAAAUCCUUACAGACCUUGCAGCCCUUCAGUCCCCAAACAGCAUCAUCCGGGCUGCUAAUAAUCUGGCAAAAAUGUGCAGCAGUGGCAGAAAGCUAGAUGUUGCGGAGUGUGCAAAGUCAUCAUCUUGAGCUGUAAAAUGUGAUAUUGCAAAUAUUGUUUUAUAUUUUUCUUUAAGUACAAGUCACCCAGGGGUGUCCAAACAUGGUUCUCAAGGGCCACUGUCCUGUUACUUUUUCAACUAGCUAGUUUUCCAACUAGUAGGACAGUGGCCCUCCAGGACUGGAGUUAAAACCCACAACCAUGUAAUAUUAAUAUAGGCUUUGCAGUAUAAAAUAUCCUCUUUCGGUGCUUGGACAGUACUCUCCACAUGUUUUAAAGGCCCAUAUUAUUAGCAUGAGUGUUUACAUGCAUAUGCAAAACUUGUCAGACUUACAAAAUUUUCUAAAAAUUUCCUAACCACUGUAAUAUAUUAAUAGUCUUUUCUUUCAUAAUAUGUAGAAACUAACACAUCUGUAUUUGUUGCCUUAUUCAUUCAAGAUCAUUACCUGGCCUAGUUUUUAGGUAAGCAUACAACGUAGGAAAAUAAACUUGGUAUAUCCUUAAGAGA